AUGGUCGAGAAGGAAAAAUACUCUUUGACAGAUAUCGCUUUUGAAAUUUCAAAGGACGAAGCGACUUUCCGCGUCUGUGUGAACCAGAACGUGGUUGACAGACCCCUGCGCCGUGAUGAAUUCGGUCUCUGGAAAGUACCUACGGUACAUUCUAUUUGCAGUGCUGCACCUGCCUAUGAACGAGUAAACGCAACAUUCGUGACUUUGGCCAGAAAUGGGGAUAUUUGGGAGAUUGCCAAGUCGAUCCGCCAGGUGGAGGACCGAUUCAACCGGAAUUAUCACUAUGACUGGGUCUUUCUUAAUGACGUGCCCUUCAACGACCAAUUCAUAAAGAUAACUACUGCUCUUGUAUCGGGGAAAACGCAUUAUGGAGUCAUUCCGAAAGAGCACUGGUCCUUCCCUGACUUUAUCGACCAGGCAAAAGCCGCCAAGGUUCGGCAGGAUAUGAAGGAGAAACAAGUCAUCUACGGAGAUUCCAUCAGCUACAGACACAUGUGCCGUUUUGAAUCUGGAUUCUUUUUCCGCCAGGAGCUCCUCCAGAAAUUCGACUACUAUUGGCGAGUGGAGCCUAGCAUCGAAUAUUUCUGUGAUAUCGGUUUCGACCCGUUCAAGUUCAUGAAAGACAACAAGAAGAAAUAUAGCUUUGUUAUCAGUCUGUAUGAAUAUAGAGACACCGUAGCUACGAUUUGGGAUAGCGUCAAGAAAUUCAUGGAGAAGUACCCUCAGCAUAUUGCAGAGGACAAUAACCUGGAAUUCGUCAGCGAGGAUGGAGGGAAGACAUAUAACCUUUGCCAUUUUUGGUCGAAUUUCGAAAUUGGUGAUCUCAACUGGUUGCGAUCGCAAGCCUACCUCGAUUAUUUCGAUAUCCUAGACAAAGAUGGAGGAUUUUUCUAUGAAAGAUGGGGUGAUGCGCCUGUGCAUUCCAUCGCGGCUGCCCUCAUGCUCAAAAAGGAGGAAAUCCACUUCUUCAAUGAGAUCGCUUAUCGCCAUGUUCCCUUCGUCCAUUGCCCGACGGGCGAACAGAUGAGAUUGGAUCUGAAAUGCCACUGCAAUCCCCGUGACAACUUCGACUGGAAAGGAUAUUCUUUGUGUCUAGCACCGAGAGUGAACCGUACAGCAGCAUGCCAAAAGGUGGCACAUAAGAGACAAAACGAGGUUUGA